AAUCGGUCACAAGUGGUGUUGGCGAUCUCUUGCUAAAAAGUGCUUCUGUUUUAUUAAGUUUUACCCAGCUGUUACUGUUUAAAAAUGAAAACAAAAUCGUUCAACAAUAACACCACCAGCUGCCCCAUUACGUGGAUUGGCAAGCAGUAUGAUCCGGAGAUCACCACAGUCAAACAUCGCAGUGCCAUAUUCUACUCGAAAUGUAUUUUCGGUGCGAUGACUUUGGAGGUGGGAAACUGUGUACUUGUGUCCAAUAUAGAUUCGGCCGAACCGGACUCGGUCGAUGGCUGCGACGUGGCCCGAAUUGUACAUAUGUAUGAAGUCUUCAAUGUACCGUGCACCAAAAUGGAUCCUUGUCGUGCGAUCGUGCAGUGGUAUUCAAGACCCAACGGAUUACCUAAAACAAUCACCGGGGAUGAAAAUUAUUCCUUUGAUCCACGGGAAGUGGUUGAAGACUCCCGUUUUAACCCGGACAUAUCGAUCGAGACCAUCUUCAGUGCCUGCCGGUUGGAGAAAGUAUCGGUACAGGCAAACUUGGCCGAGAUUUUGUCAACAUCUACUGCCCGUUGUCCGGUGUUUUUCGUGCGCUAUAAAUUGGAGAAAUCGUCAGCCAGGAAAUGGCACCUUGAACCGUUGAUUCCUAGCUUUGAGUCUAGGACACCGAGCAGGAGAAAGACAAUGCUGGACAAAUCGAACCAACCGAUGGUCCUCGGGACCCCAAGAACUCCUAAGUUGAAACUCACUCGUACGAAGUCGGUGGAAAACAUUGUAAUGCUUAGUGAGAAUCAUAGGGAAAAAAUUCUCGAAGAUCGUUGGGCUGUAAAAUUGAUCGACGUCAAGAGCAGCAACAUUGACCUCAUUACCAACGCACUCAGCGAGGUCGAUAUCAGUGACGACGAACAAAAUGUGUCGCCAAGGAAACAAUCGAAGAUGCACAGAGAAAAGAGAAGCUCUAUGAAUUUUAAACGAAAUCUUGACGCAAGCUUUCAUGUGACCGAUGAUGGAACCGAUGACGAUUGCUUGAAUUAUUCCAUCAUAAAUGAUAAUGCAAGCAACACUUCAAACAUGAAGAUAAAAUUACGUUUAUCGGAAAACCAAAAAAAUCCUGAAACUCCCAGGUCACUGAGGAAAAGAGUUACUUCCGGUUCGAUGCCAGUCGAACACGUUUCUCCUCCGAAGUGUCGUAAAUCGUUGCUUCUAUCGGAAGUCGAACCAGUUGGCACUCCAUCCGCAAGCACUCGUCGCAAGAGUAUCCUUAAGACACCCAGCACCAACACCAAGUGCCAGGAGAGUGUAGCAACACCGAAGAGGAACAUUCAACUGUCGAACAUCGUUGAAGAAUGUGGGAAUGGACGGCGUGUGUCGCGGGUGCUUGAACUGACGCCGAAAAAAGCGCAACCGGAACGUGCUGCAGACGACGAACAGUUUACUCCCAAACGUCGAGGUCGGUCCUCGUCGAUUGGCCGGGAGCAACCGAUGGUGUUGGUAGACGAGGAACCGAAAACGCCCAAACGUCGGGGACGUCCUUCUUCGGUUGGCCCUAGCCUAUCGUCCGGAAAGGAUAAAGGGACACCUAAAAGCGCCAGCAAAAUGAAAUUAAUUAGGUCCGGAGCCAUCAAGCCAAAUAUUCACUCGCGCGAUGCGCCGGUUGAGGACGGCGCAAACGAUCUAGCAAUUGCACGUGAGCGGCUGCACGUUUCCGCCAUUCCGACCAGCCUUCCGUGCCGGGAGAAAGAGUUUGAUGAAAUAUACAACUUUCUAGAGAGCAAAAUCUACGACGGAUGCGGUGGGUGUAUGUACGUUUCGGGCGUGCCCGGUACGGGCAAAACGGCAACAACCACGGCAGUCAUUCGGUCGUUACAACAACUUUCGGACGACGAAGAAAUACCCAAGUUUGACUUUAUCGAAAUCAACGGAAUGCGGUUGACGGAGCCACGACAAGCGUACGUGCACAUCUAUCGCCAGUUGACGGGGAAAACACUUGCCUGGGAGCAGGCGUACAAUUUGCUGGACAAGCGGUUCACCACAAAGGCACCCCGGCGCGUAACGACGGUGCUGCUCGUCGACGAACUCGACAUUCUGUGCAACCGUCGGCAGGACGUCGUGUACAAUCUGCUCAACUGGCCUACUUUGUCCACCGCGCAGCUGAUCGUAGUAACCAUCGCCAACACGAUGGAUCUGCCCGAGCGGUUGCUGAUGGGAAAGAUCGCGUCCCGCCUCGGUCUGACCCGGCUAACGUUUCAACCAUACAACUUCAAGCAACUGCAAGAGAUUGUGAUGGCCCGGUUGACCGGUACAAGCGCUUUUAACAGUGACGCCGUGCAGCUGGUCGCCCGUAAGGUUGCAGCUGUUUCGGGUGAUGCAAGACGCGCACUUGAUAUCUGCCGUCGGGCUACGGAGCUGGCCGAUGAUCAGUCGCAGAAGACCAACCAAGAGGUAACGGUUUCGAUGGUGCACGUUCAGCAGGCGCUGGCUGAGAUGAUCGCCAGUGCAAAGGUUCAAACGAUUCGAUCCUGCUCGCUUAUGGAGCAACUAUUCCUGCAAGCAGUUACGGCCGAGGUCACUCGUACUGGUAUCGAGGAAUGUAACUUUCUUGGCGUUUAUGCACAGUUCGAAGCACUCGCUGCAUUUUCUGGCAUCACCGUGCCCAAUCCGGGGCGUGCGAUGGCUAUCUGCGCACGGCUCGGUGCUUCCCGUUUGUUAAUUUGUGAGACUGGCAGAAACGAUAUUUACCAGAAAAUUCUCCUCAACGUCAGUACGGACGAUGUCCACUAUGCGCUUCAGGCCAGCAAACUGCUGUAAACAUAACUUGUUUUUUUAACUACACCUAGACGAAGAUGGUUUUAAUUUUGUGUGAGUUUAAUAAGUUUCGCAAAAGACUGUAGAUUCUAUGUUAGGAUUAAGAAGAACAAAUCUAUUGACACAACUUUAAUUUUAAAUUCUUGCUUUAUCGCGCAUUAUAAACUUUAUUUAAUCUUAUCGUCCACAUUAGUUGGUACCAUUUGUCUUCAGUAAACACAUGACUAGAAUGAUUUUUAUCAGAACCAACCACACGUGGAAAUAUUCGUACAUUAACUUUGGUGAGAAUACGGUCCACACGAAUAUGUGAUCUCGCAACACUGUCGCCACUAUGAUAAAGAAGCUUACGGGUAACAUCGUCAGAGAGUUGGUCAGCGAUAGAAUCCGACGUCGGGAGCUCAACCCGUCCGAUUCCACUCGGGGCAUUUGGCUAUGAUGAUAAUAAAGAAAAAAAGAAACUGUUUUAGAAUACACUUGAAAAGAUUUGUUUAUGCCACACUUACUUUUCACUGUACUUCGCAUUGAACAGAUGAUGAAUUAACAUAAGAAAACUGAGGAUAGGUCCGCUGUACGUGUGCAGGGUUAGGAAGAUUCCGACACGAACAAUAUCGAAAUGGUUCAGACCCACGUACCCGGCGUUGAGAUCGAUUGUGGCCAAACUGUUUGAAUUGCCCUGGAAAAAGAUGCGAAGCGUUUUUUUUUUUAAUCUCUAUAAAACAAAAUAAAAAGUAGCGUAAGUUUGUCGCAUUACCUGAUAAAAAUAAAAUGCUUUACCCAACCAA